AUGGACGACGACUUUGGUGCCGACGAAGACUUCCUAGCAGCCCUCGCAUCAUCGAACCCUGUCCCCGCACGCCCCCAGACUCAACCGCCUCGUCCUCGCCCCCAGCAGUCAACCCCCCAGAAAAUACAGCAACCGACACCGCAGCGGCUGGACAAAGCGCCGCCUACGAAUGCUUCAUCCCGCAGCAAAGUCGUUCAGCCGACGCCGCAAGCUCUUCCUCAGCGAGGAUCUGGAUCUGCCAUUCUCGUGUCCCCUCGCCAAAGGGGCAACCCAGUGCUUGCUUCGUUAAAGUCAAUGCCAUGGGAAUACAGUGAUAUUGUGGCCGACUACAGUCUUGGCCUGACGACAUGUGCGUUGUUUCUGAGUCUCAAAUACCACCGCCUCCAUCCCGAGUACAUCUACACGCGAAUCCGAAACUUGCAAGGCAAAUACAACCUGCGCAUCAUGUUGACCAUGGUUGACAUACCAAACCACGAAGAGGUACUGCGCGAGCUAUCCAAAACAUCACUGGUCAACAAUGUCACCAUCAUCCUCUGUUGGUCGGCUGCCGAGGCCGCGCGUUACCUUGAACUUUACAAGUCGUAUGAGCACGCCAACUUCAGCGCCAUUCGCGGCCAACAAGCGUCGACGUAUGCUGAAAAGCUUGUCGAGUUCGUCACCGUUCCCAGGAGCGUUAACAAGUCAGAUGCGGUCGCAUUGGUCAGCAACUUUGGCAGCUUGAAGAACGCCAUCAACGCAGAUCCCGAACAGAUCGGUAUCAUUGCCGGAUGGGGGGCUAUCAAGGUUAACAAAUGGGUCAGAGCUGUUGAGGAGCCCUUCCGAGCCAAGAAAUCCGCAAAACGACAGUUGGAUCGGACGGAAAACGCCGAGGGCGGAAGACCGGCUCGGAUAUCGAAGCUGGAUCAAGCCGUGCCUCUCAGCAGAGUACCGCUACGCGAAAUGGAAUCGAUUAGAGGGACCUCACAAGGUUCACCAGUGAUUGACAGGCUAGCUAGUAGCCAGGGGAAGUUGGAAACGGGCAAUCCUAACUUGGACGAUGAAGAAGAAAUGAUUGCUGCUGCCAUCGAAGAAUCGAAGCGGACAGCCGCGGUACACACAGCUGCACGGACACAGACACAGGUACAAGCGGAAGAAGCAGACGGUGAAGGCCCCAAGGGCGAUUUACUUCCAGGCGGAGUUGCUGCAGCACUCGCAAAGCUGCGGAAGCAGGGCUGA